CGGGUGAGUCCUAGCGGGCGCCAUUUUGUGUGGUUCGGGGAAAAAGCCUACCGGAGAGACGGAGGCAGCCCAAGAGCUGCUAGUGCCGCCGGUCGGCGGGGAAGGAGCGGGAGGGGGUGAGUAACGGCCCACAGGGCGGCUGCCGUUGAAAAGACGCUCGACGCCGCCGAAGGACUGGGGCGCCUUUCCCUUCGCCGUCAGGGGGCGCGCCAGGGCUCGGCGCUGUUGUCCCAGCAGCCGGGGCGGUUGAGAAGGUGGGGGCGGGGAGGGGUCUGCCCUCUGGGCCCAUGUGAAGAAGCGUGGAGGGAUUCGCCCUUCUCGAUUCUCCCACAGUGGUUGACUCGCAGCGGGCGCUUAUUUACUGCACGUAACCCUUUUUCUCGAGGUUCUCUUUCCCCCACCCCUCACGUACCCACCCCCUUUUGCGCAUGCGCCGUUGUCCUAGCUGUGGUACUGAACGGGCGGGUUGAGAUUAAAACCCGUUACGAAUCCAUAAUGCGCAUGCGCCGGUGCGCUCCCGGUUGAUCGGAAUGAAAUAUAUGGGGUUUGACGUUUGGGGCCGGUGGUGGUUUUGUUGCUCGUGGUGCCUGGAGGGAAGGGAUGGAGUCAAAAACGCUCGAUAGGCGUUUUUAUGAUAUAGGAUUACUGGCUGAUAGUUGCCCUAAUGGGGAUAGAUGCUUUUUAAGCUAAGUGGGUUUUCCCCUCGUGUAAAGCAAUUCAUACUUCGCUACAUAAUCGUCUGGCCCAAAAAUGUUUGUCAAAUUCUUGCAGUUAUUCAUUUGAACUGUGAUAAUGUUUUUCAACAGUACCGUGCACAUGUUUACUUGGCAGUAAGCAUUGUUCAGUUUAGUGAGGCCUAGCCGCAAGCAUUGAGGCUCAGGAAGGCAGCUCUAACCUCACGGAUCUUGCACAGAUCGGCAGAGGGGGAGCCCCCUUGGUGUUUCCUUAGCCCCCAGAUGCUCAAGAGGAGCAGUGGCAGAACAUAUUUUCUGUGGCAACCCUGAAGUUGUGUUAUCUUCUCAUUAUUCUGGCAUCCUCAUUAUACAGCUUCUGGCAAAUGCUGAAAACGCACCUAUUUACCCUGGAUUUUGAUACAUGAGAUUUUUUAACUGAUUGUUUUCAGGAUGUUUUGGCUUUUUGUUUUUAAGUUGUGUAUCUUAUUUGCCUGCCUGGGUCCCUUGGGGAGUAAGCACAAUAAAUAAUCAGUGCCGGGAUGGGAGACAGUCUGGGAACUUUCUGUAUAAUGAUUUGGGUUCCAUGAUGGAAGAAAGUUGAACUAUAAAUGAAAUAAAUAAAAGAUUAUCAUGGUUAGGAUUACCGGUAAUUUGCAGCCUUUCACAUUUUUGCUAUGAAAGCAUGUGUGCUAACUGAAACACUCUACUUCAUUUUGCUUCACAGCAGUAAAAUCUGUGAUUGUGUACACAAAAAAUUGGGGUGGGAACUAACUAACUUAUAUACAGAUUAUUUCAGCAGUUCAAGUGGUUUUACAUGCACUAUCUAAGUAAUCCUAAUAAAGAUUCUGUAAUGUAGGAGAGUAUUCUGACAUUGUAGAUGGGAAGAGGAGGAAAGAGAGAGUAGCAAUUUUGCUGAAUGCUACCAGCUGAGUUAAUGGCUUUGAGAUUUUAAACAGGGAAUUCACAGUUGACAGUUCUUAGUCCCCACUGUAUACCAACUCUGGAUGGCCUGAGUGUAAAUAUUUCAUGGAAAAGAAGCUUCAGUAUGCAUGAAACCAGUUACAUUAUUGAUGGAAAUGCAUGUAGAAUGCAGUGUUCAGGAAUAUGUACAAAAGGACUUAUCUUGUCCAUGCUAACAUAUAGUGUUCAAAUCAUACAGCUAUUUUGAUAACUUAAUUCUAACGUAGUCUGCUCAGAAGUAGGUCUUAUUGUAUUCAAUAAGACUUCUAGAUAAGUGGGGUUAUGGUGGGAAACUAAGGUACUAAAACAUACUUAUCAACUUCAUACACUUCUCAACAUACACUGAAAACUGAAAUACUCUGAUAGUCAAAAAUUCACUGUUGGGUAAUCUAUGUUGAUAACAUCCAGAUGUCUCUCUGUACCAGCCAUUGUCUAAAUAAUUAUUUUUGUUUUAAGUCCCACCUCUUUCGAAAGGUUUGGGAUGAAUAAUAGCAGCUCAAGAAAAUAAAGUAAAAACAGACUACCUAGUUAAAAUAUUUAGAAAUUAAAAUUACCACAUGGGUGUCAAAACUUUGGCUGUCAAAACUCCAGACAGGAAGGCUUUGCUGCACUUCUGGAAAUCAUUGAAGCUUGAACUUCAGUGAAUAACUUCACACACCUAAUGCGUGAAACAUCUGCACCCAAGUUUACUUUUCAGCAAAAUCAUACAUCAGCCUUGGCCACAUUUUUGCCAAUUGCAGUUUAUUUUUGGGAGCUGACUUAGUUAUACUGUGAUGGGUGUUCUGGGAAUGCUCUUAAUGGCUUCUCAGCAACAUUUUGCUUGUUGGAAUUUUCAAUGUGCUUAAUAGAGGACAAAAUAGACAUAUACAAGGCAUAUGAUAUUAGUUAAAGAAAUAUAAAUAUAAAAUAUAAAGGACCAGUUUGGCUUUAAAAGUAAAAUAUAUCUGUUAAAUGCCUGAAAUUGAGGAAGGUAUCUUGUUGCAUAUGAUCCUGUGUAGUCAAACUGGUGUCUGAGAAUUAGGGGAAAUAGUGUUUUCCAUUAAAUAGAUUUUAGUUCAGGUCAAAUCUGUUCUACGGUUUUCCAGGAUAGUUUAUAAAAGAUUAAAAUUAAAAACAUUAAAAAGCCAUAGUAUAAACAAACAGCAUAAAAGCAAACCAAAGCAUAAAAGUAAUGUAGAUAGGAUUAAAAGGCUUGAACAGAAAAUAGGUAUUUGCUUACUCAUGAAAUUACAGGCGUUUUCAGGCAAUGCUCCCUGGGUACAGCAUUCUACAAUUGGAGGGCUAUCCACUCCAAUUGUAAGAAAAAUAAGUAGGUUGUUUUCUUUAGCCACCCGUUGCACCUCAGAUGAUGGGAGCACCUAUUGAAGAUCUUAGUGAAACAUAUGUAGCAUGGUACUAGUAACAAACAGGAAAUUGCAGCCUCUUCUAUAUAGAGUACAUAUGUUAGAUUGUGUUGGAGUCAUGUAUGUUUAGUAUGUUCUGGUCAUCUGUUUUCAGUCCUUUACUGAAAUUAGACAUAUAUUCCCAUCUGCUGAGAGUAGGUAGCCAGCUUGGGGAUGCAAGUUCAAAGGCAGAAAUAAUAAUUUUGAAACUUUUAUUAAUAGAAGUAAAGCAUUUGAGAUCAAAAAGGAAUCAAUUGCAUCAUUUUUUAGAACACUGAAAAAUAAUGCAUGUACAAAUGGUAGAAUAUCUAGAACAGAUGUGGAGAACCUUUGGGCCUCCAGGUGUUGCUGAACUAGAACUCUCAUCAACACUGCAAGCAUGACCAAUGGCUAAGGAUGAUGGAAGUAGUAGUUCAGCAACAUCUGGAGGGUGAAAGCUUCCCUACACCUAGUACAGAAGAAGAAAAUGAUUCAUAUUCUGGGAAUAUUUAUAGAUGAAAACUUACUGUCUGGCUCAUGUUAAAAUAGUUUAGCAGUGGAGGACCAAUGUCGGCUGCUCCUCACCUACACAUAAACAGUCUCUAGUGCGAACUUGGCUCUCCGCAUAUGCCCAUUUGACUUGUGAGCUCCCCCUGCUUUUUGAAGGGAUAAAGUCACAUUAAUAUGUCACCAUGCAAACUUAAGCAGAUGAGCCAGUUAUACAUGGAGGAGAGGGUGGUCUUGUGACACUCAUUCAUCAUUAUUCUGUUGCAGUGCCAUCUCAGCUGAAUGUAUGAGAAUUGGGCCCGCAUGCAAGAUAGAGUGUUGCUUUUCAAUGGUUCUGUACUGACACUUUCCACUUGGAAAUUAUAUACUAAGAAGAGUAGGUGAAUAGAGGAGAAGGCAAGAAUCAAAAGGCAACUUUUUCAUUUAUGUUUGGAAUGCUCUGAUAAAGAAAAACAUAGUAAAAUAUUUUUCCAAAAUUAUUAGGAAGUACAUUUCAUUAGUCCAUGGGGUCCCGAAGAGUCGGACACGACUAAACAACAACAACAACAUUCCAUUAAAUAUAAUUGUUUUUCUUAAUAUAUGUAAGAUAUUGGUCUCUAAUGGAUUAAAACAAAAUAAAAACUAGGCAAUAGCAAUCUUUUAGAAUUUACUUUGGAAAUUGGUAAGCCAGCGGAAGGAGUUCUAGUAUUUCAAAUUUCACAUCAUUUGGAAUUCAACAGUACUUAUGAAGGAGAGACCUAUUUUAUAGUUCUGUGAGACAUUUUAUGUGUAAAUCUAUAAUGGCAUAACUUGGCAUAACUUCUUGUAUACUAGAUGAUCGUAGGAUUGUUUGUUGUCACUUCUGUUUGUUCAAAAAGUUUAAAAAUCCCAGAAACUAUAGGUCAUGUCUUAAUUUAUAUGAAUGGUUUGAACAUCAGCAUAUUUCUAGAUUCUAAAUCCAACUGCAUCAGAAGGAAUUGGGGUUCCCCCUUGUAAAAUUCAAGCCUGGAAUAUUGUAUCUUAGCUGCACCAGAAGAGCAAGGCAUUCAGAAACAAGGCAAAAGAUGGAAGGGAUAGGUCAUGAAGGGACAAUAUGUCUAGAUCUAGUAAAGUAAAGUAUUUCCUAUUCAGUCAAGUGGAAACAAAUCCAGUCUUAAUAAAGCAUGUAGAUUAGUACCCUAAUACUCUAGGGCAGGGGUAGGCAAAGUGGUGCCCUCCAGACAUCGUUGAACUUCAGCUCCUAUUAGUCCCAACCAUUAUAGCCAAUGGUCAGGUUGAUGGGAGUUGCAGUCUGACAACAACUGGAGGGCACCACAUUGACUACUCCUGCUAUAGGGCUUCUGUGAAACACUGAAGGCAAAACCAAGUGGUUGGAUUUGAAGAUGGCUUCCUACUGUUUAUGGAAAGAUUGUCUUCCAUCUCACACUGGAAUGUUGUACAAAGAAAGUAAAAGUAAAUUCACCUGCUUGCACAAGAGCUUCUGCAGCCUCUUAGUGGAUGCAUCUGAACUGCUAUAGUAUAAACCAAGGGUGGGAUUCAACAUAUGAAUGAGUCUCAUCAGUGAAAGCCCCAUGCAAGGACUUCUGCUUGUGCAACAGGGCUCCCUCUCUCCAAAUUGGCUGAGGUGUGUUAGAGGGGAGCAUUCCAUCUGGCAAGACAAAUCAGAUUACUGUAUGGUGUUGAAUUCCUCCCCAUGCCUGUUAUUAUAUAUGAAUUUUUGUGGAAGCUGUUUUUCAAAUCUCUUGUUCAUGGUUCUUCGUAUCCAGUAUAUAAUAAUUUCAAAGAUGUAUAUCAAGCACCUUCCAUGCUGGAUAUAUUCCCUGAGCAGCUGGGCAGGAGCUGGGACCGAAAGACGGGAGCUCACCCCGCCGCGGGGAUUUGAACCGCCGACCAUGCAAUCGGCAAGUCCUAGGCACUGAGGUUUUACCCACAGCGCCACCCGCGUCCCUUUAGCCUAGAAAAUAAUACAAUAUUUCAAUACUGUAAUGUAACACCUAAAUACAAUAAUAAUAAAAUAAAAAAAAAUCAGUGGAGUGUAAUAAAUACGUUGGAAGAUUGGAAGGGUGUGUGUGAAAUAUUUGGUGCCAAAAUGACAUCAAAGUGAAUGCCAGGUGAGCCUGGGGAGAACAUUCCACAGGCAAGUUGGCAUGUGAACAGUGAACAGGCGGUUCUCUUUUUGUACUUGGUAGCCACAUGCCUUACUAUACAGCAUUGAAGCACAUGGGAAAGAGCCUCAGAUGCUGACCUUAGUGAUCAAGCAGACUGGUAAUGAGAAAAAGUGGUCCAGCAUGUUUGCUUGGGAGAAUAGAAAUAUGCAUUUCCUUCAGUAGUUUCCACUGCUUAGGGUAGCGUUCAUAGAAUUGUACGGAAGGAAGUUACACUUUCCCAUGUUAUGAGUUUGUCUGUGUUUGUGUAAUAUUUACAACAAAAUAAUAAUAAUAAGUUCAUUUUUGAAAUUGUAAUAAUCUUGUUACAAAUAUUUGUUGAAUCCUACUUAGUAGGAAUGUUUCAGUAGUAUCCAGAAGUAUUUCUAAGGAACAUGUCUCUUAAGCAUAUCAAUAGCUUUCUGGUCUAUGCCCCACCCCACCCCGCCCAGUAGCAGUUUUAUUUAAGCAAAUGAUAAUACAUUAUAGUCUCAAUAAUUAAUUAGCUUUUGUUGCCACUUCAAAGUCAUAGUGUGCUUUGAGAACACUUUUGUUAUCACCUGUCUAGUCACAGAGACUAAAUUAAUCUUUCUUGACAGGGGUUCUUUGGAAGGCACUUCUGGGCCAAUGCCUGUGAUUUGGCAACUCUUCUAGACAUCUUUUCACAAUAUAUUUAUUUCCCAAAAGUGUUUAUUGUUGUUUCACUCUCCUUCACAAUUUUGUUAGGAAUUCAUGUAAUAUCUAAAUUGACCAGUUUUCUGAAAGUGUAAAGUUCUGGAAGUGUUUACUUGUUUCUCAGCUGAUGACAGUCCUGCAAUAUGAAAUGGCAAUUCUGUUAUUUGCAAUUGUCUGGCAUAUAAGUGUUUCUGGAUGCUACCAGGAAUUGGAACAAAAUGGAAAUGCUACCUGAUCUGUUUGAGAUAAUGUUUGGGUAGUUAAUUUUAUUUUAAAAUAUAAUUUGUGACUUUUGAAAGAGUUAAAUGACUCUAAACACAUGAAGCUUCAACUCGAACAUCAACUGUUAUUUUUGAUUAAAUGUAGAAUAUAUAAAGAACUAAAGAUGUGGGAUCAAAGCGGACAGCCUUGGCAACAGUGGCCUUUGAAUCAGCAGCAAUGGAUGCAGUCAUUUCAGCACCAGCAAGAUCCAAGUAAGUGAAUAGCUGGAAAAAUGCUUUCAAGAUAAAAGCUAGCACAGCAAUUAGCAUUUUAGGAAUUUGACGAGGACAUGAUCUUUCACCUGCUACAGAAUUAAUCAAGCUAAUCUGUUCCAUAGUGCAGCAUGCAACUAACAUGUCCCACCAGUGCAAGGAUUCUCAUUAGCACAACAAAACUUUCUCCCUCUAUCUUCCACUGCGUGCACCCCACAGCCUCCCCAAAUCUGCAGAAAAUUGAGGGAACCCCUGUAAUAAAUUGGGGAGGCAAGGGAAGGCGAGAGGGUGAGAAUCCCAUUGCACAAGUGGAAAACCUUGUACAUGUAACACUAGGUUGAAUACAACUGUUAGUAUUUUAUUUGCUAUCUUUUGAUUUCUUGUAUGUUGACUUGAAGUAGGUUGGUUGACAAUUUGUUAUAGUGUUUUAAAACUAUUAUGGUCAGCACCAGCAGCCCUCAAUUAGAUCAGAAUGCACUAACUAAAGACCCAGGCUCUACUAGAAUACUUACAAUGAAUCCUACUUGGGUAACAUGGGUACACAAAAAUAAUAUUGCAACUUUCAGCCUUGAAAAUGAUAGUAAAUUUAGGUUGUCUGGCUGAAAAGUAUCCCCCCCCCCCCGAAAAAAAUUGCUUCUGGGAGAUGGGAGAAAGAAGAUAGGCUGCAAUUAAAAAUGGGCGCAUACCACAUCCAUUUAAAUCCAUCAGCAGUUUUCCCCUUGACUUCAGUGUGAUGCUGAUUUGAACCUUUUAGGCUGCAAGCCUUCAUGUAGACUGCUUAAAUCUUUAAAUCCCAUUAAAAUUGGCGUGUGUUCAGGAUUGCAGGGGUGCAGCCCAUUCCUACAUAUUCAGGAAUAAGUUUCACUAAAUCCAUUGAAGCUUACGUAUGCAUGCUAAAUAUGUAUGUGCAUUAUAGCAACUGGAGUAUUAGUACCAGUACAGGUUUCAUUCUCUGAAUACAGCUGACAAAUUCUGUUUAUUAGAUAUUUUUGAAAUGGAGGAUUGGAUGAAACUGUGAUAGGACAAUGAACUGUUUUGGUAGUCUUAAGGUGCAGUCUUAAGAAGGAAGUCCCACUGUGUUCACUGGGGCUCAUUUCUAUGUGUGUGUAUAUAGGAGGCGGUGGAAGACAGGAGUGCCUGGCGUGCUCUGGUCCAUGGGGUCACAAAGAGUCGGACAUGAUUAAAUGACUAAACAACAACAACAACAUAGGAUUACAGCCUAAAUCUAAUGAUUAUUUGCCUUAUUUGAAACAGAAAAUAGUCUUAGAUUAAUGCAUAUAAAUUAUGUGAAGGACACUUUUAAAAGGAAGCUUUUAAUAUACUUCCUAUGACAUGUGAAUAAGGUGCUGUUCUGAUAGGCUUGAUAAAUAUGUCUUCCUAAUUCUGCCAUGGAAAUCUGUACGUUGAAAAUCUAAUUUUAUUUCUAGGCCAAAUUGACUGGGCAGCAUUAGCUCAAGCAUGGAUUGCUCAGCGAGAAGCUUCAGGGCAGCAGAGUGUAGUGGAACAGCAAGGGAUGAUGCCAAAUGGCCAGGAGAUGACAGGCAUGGAGCCUGGUCCAAACAACCAUGGCAACUUUCAGGGUGAUCCAAACUUCAACAGAAUGUGGCAGCCAGGUUUGUUUUUUAAUACUUUCCUCUUUGCUUUUGGAUUCUAACACUGAUAUGCUCUAUCUUUCUAAGCCUGGAGCAUCCUUGGAAAAGGCAAGUUGACUGCAAGAUCCAAACCUCAUUGGCUUUGAAUUAUUUUCUCUGUUAAUGCACAGAAUGUAAAUUAGAGCAUAUAGUUCUGCCCUUUGUAGUGCUCUGUGAUACGCUCCUAGAUGCUGCCUUAAUCAGCCAGCUGUAGUCAGAUUCAGGUUCUGGUCAGAUAACAAUCUAUAGAUCAAAAUGUUUUCUAUUUCCUCACAGGCAUUUCAUACACAGACUUUCAUACCAGCAAGUCUGGUGCUUUUUCAGCAGUUGCUGCUGUUCUUCGUCUAUGCUUCAAAUGGGCUAACUUUAUUUGUUAAAAUGGUACAAAUGUACUUAUGGUACAUUGCUUAAUAUACACAAAGGAUUUUUCAGUUUCACAAACUCUUAAAUGUAUUUCAAAUUAGGCUGGUUAAAGGAUACAGUAUGGAAAUGUAUAGUUGAAAGUCGUCUCCGUCCCCCCCGUCCCCAGUUCUGCCUGUGUGCCUAGUACAGCUAUAUGCUAACGGAAAUGGUAAGCUACUUGGAUAAACUAGCCAAGAACAGUGUUCUUCCUCACUGGCUUGUUUCAUGAUCCUUUUUCAAGUCCACAACUAGCUCUUAGUAUGUUAUGGAUGAUGAAACACAAGAUCAUCCUGAUUUUGGUUGAUUUCAUGGUAUAUUUAGCCAGCAGACAAAAAUCAAGAAGGAAUAUCAGUGAUAGUCUGGACACAAACAAUGAAUGAUAGCUUUAUUAAGGUAUAUAUUUGUGUGUAUUUUACAUUAAAGAUUUUAUUUUGAAAGUCUCAAGAGAAGAAAUGGAAAGAAUGAGUUGUUAACAUUUUGAUUUUAAAUCCAAACAGACUGGAGCGUGCCCCACCAACCCCCUCAUCCACCUCCAGAGCAGCCAUGGAUUCCUCCAGCACCAGGCCCAAUGGAUAUUGUUCCUCCAUCGGAAGACAGCAACAGUCAGGACAGUGGGGAAUUUGCCCCUGACAACAGGCAUAUAUUUAGUCAGAAUAAUCACAACUUUGGGGGACCACCACCUGAUAACUUUGCAAUGGGCCCAGUGAACCAGUUUGACUAUCAGGUGAAACAUUUCUUGCUUAAAUAUUGUAAGCAUGCAGAGCCCAUUCCACGGAGUUGUGCCUCUAGUGCUGAUUUUCAACAGAAUCCACAAGUUUUAUUGUUUGCUCAGAUACAAUUUGUCAUCUGCAAACCACCUGCAUUGUGAACACCACUUUAUGAUUUGGUUGUUAAAACACCUCGUUUUCCAAUGCAAUAAGUUUUGUGUAAAAGAGAAAAAUAUGAAAGAAAACAAAAUGCUUAAAUACAUGAGCAAGUGUAUUCUGAGAAGGAACCGCCUGUUUAGAAAGAUAGCCUAGAUGAUUUAGUAUUUCUUUUCCACCUCUAGCCAGUUUGAUUUGAUUCAUAAAGGUGAAUUAUGCCCACAAUAUCAGUUUCCAAAAUGAAUUCUGCGCUCCUGCACACAACUAAGCUUCUCUGAAAUACUGUAAUUUAGAAGUGUAGAACUGGCCAAAAUUAUAGCCAUUUACUCUGGUUGUGUUAUUUUUCCUGGGCAAGCGUCCCAGUAUGUGCAAGGAACACCUCUACCUGAAAAAGCAUCUCCAUUCAUUUUACUGGAAGUGUAUAUUUCUUUAGGUGUGUGGAUUGAAGUGAGCAGUGUGGACCGCUGUGCACAUUUAUCCUUUUGAGUCUGUGUGGGCUUUCUAGAUUAGGCUUUUCAGAGGAAGUGCCAAGUUCCAUUCAUUUCAGUGGCACUUAAACAAGCCUACACUUUUCUGAAUUGCUAUUAUAAACAGGGUGUCGAUGUUAUACAGUGUUAUAAAGUAUGAUAUAUGGCAGUCAAAUAUGAAGUUGUAAAUGAUUUUUUUAAGUAAACAUCAGUGGAGAAUGACUCUCUCAGUGCUCUUUCUUUUUCCUUUUUCACUUCUGUGUCAAAUCCCCACAUUCUUAUUAGAUGCAGAUAUUACAAGUUUUCCCCCCUGGCCUUUUUUAAUUGAAAAAAAUGCUGCAGACUUUAAUGUAAUUGUUAGAUUGGUCAGCUGAAGCUCUACACACAAAUAAAAAAGUACACAUUGAAUUUUUGGGACUGAGAUUGACGCAGAAAUUGCUAUGCAGAUUGUUCUCGCACAUAUCACAUUUAUAUAGUUUCCCUAGGCAGCUUACAAAAAUAUUAAAGUAUUAAAAUAUUAAAUUAAAAUGAAAUUAAACAGUAAGAGGCAGCCAAAAACCCACACCAUUCCUUAGAACAGAGAUAGCAUAAACUAAUUUACAACUCUCAUAACCAGGGGGCAAGUAUGAUUUAAAAAGAAAGAAAGUUAGAUGUUAUGUUUCUUUACUUUAUAUCCCAAACUAGCAGCUGGCUUACUGCAGCUACGGUGGCUUUCCUUUGAACUAUAAAUCAAGCUGAUAAUUGUAGUUGCAAUUAAUAUAAUUAAUUUAUCUACUUAAAUCUUCUCUUCCAACACCCAUCCAAUACGGAAGGGACUUGGAACUUUUCCAGUUUAUUUAUGUUGUGUUACAGUAAUGCAAAAUUCCUAUUUCUGAAUUCUGAAAUGAGAAGGACUAGUCAAUUUUCUUUUCUGAAACUGUCAAUUUCAGAGAAUAUAGGCUGUCCCUUAAAAUAUUAAAAGGGCUUCUAUUCAACUUUAGUAAGGUUCUUUCUACUGUGCAUUUUUGUGCAGACCAAAUAUUAAAGUUAGGAAAUGUGAAGCAUUGAUCUGAAAGAAAAUGAGCUUCGUUACUCUUUCAGCAUGGGGCUAAUUUUGGUCCACCUCAAGGUGGGUUUCAUCCACCUUACUGGCAGCCUGGACCACCAGGCCCUCCAGGUCCUCCAGCACCUCCUGCACCACCUCAGAAUCGAAGGGAGAGGCCAGCAUUCAGAGAUCGCCAGCGUUCACCUAUCACAUUACCUGCAAAACAGGAGACUCCUCAAAUCGGUAUGUCCUCAUCAUAUUAAUUUUAAUAAAUGUAGUGCCUUGGGCUGAACCAGCUCCUGUUAUCAGUACAGUACUAUCACAGCUUGAGCGUGCUGAUUUUGGAGCCCCAAUAGGAGAGAAAUUCUGAGAAAAUGCAUGGGCAGGAGAUUUCCCUUGCACCUAGCAGUUCAAAAGCACGCCAGUGCAAGUAGAUAAAUAGAUACCGCUGUGGUGGGAAGGUAAAAGGCGUUUCCAUGCACUCUGGUUUCUGUCACGGUGUUCUGUUGCGCCAGAAGCAGUUUAGUCAUGCUGGCCACAUGACCCAGAAAGCUGUCUGUGGACAAACGCCGGCUUCCUUGGCCUGAAAGCGAGAUGAGCACUGCAACCCCAUAGUCGUCUUUCACUGGACUUAGCUGUCCAGAGGUCCUUUACCUUAGCCACAUCCCAACUCCUAUUUUUGUGUUUGCCACCACAAUGUCUAGCUUAGCCUAGGAAGAGAAUUAGAAAGCUACAGUGGCUUUCUCCCCGUGAAACAUCCUUAAAACCUCAAACACAUCCAUUAUCUGAUGAGCUUAAAAUGAAAAUGAAUGGGUUCCUUUUUAAGAAACUACUUUUCUGUAUGAAUAUCUAGAUGCUGUUAAACGCCGAACUCUGCCUGCAUGGAUUCGUGAGGGCCUAGAGAAGAUGGAACGAGAAAAGCAAAAGAAGCUAGAGAAAGAGAGAAUGGAGCAGCAGCGUUCUCAGUUGUCUAAGAAAGAAAAAAAGGAAAAUGCUCACACAGGAGAAGAAGAUGGACCACGGUUACCUCAGAAAAGUAAAUUUGUAAGUGAAAAAGUUUAUUGCACUGACAGAACAGUUGUAAUAUGCUGCAUUGAAUUCUAACCCGUAUUUUAACCUAUUUCAUAACCCUUUUUUUAUAGGAUAGUGAUGAAGAAGAUGAAGAUCUUGAUAACGUAGAAGCUACAAGUAGUGGAAAAGUCAGUAGAAGUCCCUCUCCAGCUCCUCAAGAGGAGCAAAGUGAACCAGAAAUGACAGAGGAAGAAAAGGAGUAUCAGAUGGUAUGGAGGAGUUUGGGACCAUUUCAUUGGCCAUGCCUGUAUGAGCUUGCUUAUUAGUAGGGCUGCCAUUCUAUUUAAAGAAAUCAUAGUUGGUUUAUCAAAUAAUGCUGAUUUAAUUAAUUUUUGUUAAAAUUCAUUUGACUAAAAUAAUAGUUUGCAGAAAACUGUUUUUAGAUCGUGUACAUGUAUUUUGCAGCAAGUGCAAUUUUAGAGAGGCAUUCCCUCCUUUACAUAAUUGAAGGGGUGCCUCUUUAAAGAUGGUGUCUGUCACCUGUUUAUGCUUACUUAAAAAACAUUUUUUAAAUUAAGCAAGGAUUCCUUUUUGAGUUGAAUAAAAACAACUUUAAUCAACCUGUCCUUAAUUGGUUAAAAUUUGCACUCUUAGUUAUUAGGAAAAGCUGUUCCCCUUGGCCUAAGCUAGAGAAAGCUAGCAAGUCCGUUAGCAAGCAAGUUCUCUGUGCCUCCGCUAGUGCUUCCACUAGUAGCUAUUAAGGCAAGAACGAAAUGGUUGUAUGCACAGCCUAAUAUGAUGACAGUCAACUCCAACUUUAAAGCCACACAACCAGCAUCAGCAUUUAACUACACAUAUGACCGGCUUGAGAAAGGACAUAGAACCAAAUUUGGGCAAAAAAAGUGGACAUUUUGUAAAGUUAUGGGCUAGAGCGACACUGGAUAUCAAUAAUAUGGUGCUGAUAUAAGAUGCAUGGCAAGGGGAGAGAAUGGCUAGAGUCAAGUUAGGUACACAUAACAUACCCAAAGGUUUAUAAAUGCUUGAGCAGACUUUAGAUAAUUCAAGCUCUUGAUUUAUAGGACCAACAGAUUCCUAUAAGGAUCUGGAUUCUCUUACUGAGAAGAAAAGAUGUAUGUGAAAUGUGAUUGUAGCACUCUUCUCUCCCAAACUCUGUUUCCAUCUGCUUUCAUUACUUGACUACACAUCACUGAAUGCAAAGGUGAACUGCUGUGCAUACUGAACAAAUAGGUACAUUUUAAAGUACGUUGCUUGUGGUUGAACAUGUAAGCAGUUGCAUAGUGUGAGCCCAAUGCUUUCUUCAGCAGUUCCAAGAAAUCCUGGAUAGUGGAACCAUUAUGCUUCCUAACCUGAAUAACUGAAUAGAAUUGCAAGAGUUUGCUGAGAAUUGUGUUUGAACUGGGGAUUUUUAUUUAUAAUUGUUUAGAUGUUGCUGACAAAAAUGCUGCUGACAGAAAUUCUCCUAGAUGUCACAAAUGAAGAAAUAUAUUACGUGGCUAAAGAUGCCCAUCGUAAAGCAAUAAAAGGUAUGCUUAGGCUUUCUAGUACUUUAAUUAAAUAUCCUUUUGCAUGUCCUAGAACAUUUAAAUCCAUAGUAUCUGUACCUAAAAGCAGUCUGUAUGUUAAGGAAGAAAAGUUGCAAAAAUUCAGUUGUAAUAAUCAUAUACUAUUGUCCUGUGCAGUGUAUUGUUCUGUGCAGUGUAUUGUGAGUUAACUUCAGUUAUUCCAUUUCUUUCCUAUAGAAUGUCAUUUAUUUAUUUUAAAUGUUUCCAUAUUUUAGAUAAUUCUAGUUCAAAUUUAGCUGAGUAAAGCUUAGGGCAUACUUGAAUUAUGAAUGAUUUUGCUUUCACUGUUAGCCAGCUAUUUUCUUUUUACGAAAAUAGGCAACUUUAUUCCAUAUAGUUGUGAGUAAAUAAUUAUAUACAGUUCUGUCUACAGAUGAAAUUUAUUAACUUGGAAAUGUAUAACUAUAAGAAACUGAUCUAUCCACUAUUAAUUCACAGUUUAAAUUUCUAAACAUUCGUGGCCAGAAAAUAACUGGGUUUUCAAUGGAUUACGUUUUUAAUGUUUUUUCUCUCCUCCACAAAACAGCAAUAGUAGUAGAUUUAACAAUACCAUAGACUCUCAUGCCUAUGAAAUCGUGGCUAUUUGUGUUAACAUGUUGUUCCUGUUGUUGAUGUGAUACAAAGCUCCUGCAAAACAGCUGGCACAGUCCAGUGCAUUGGCUUCCCUUACUGGACUUGGUAAGUAUGUUCCCAGUUUUGAGAGGGACUUAAUGGGGAGAUUGCUCUGGCUUGCAUUUCUAAAUAUGUAUUGAAACUGCCCAACAUGCAAUAGGCAAGCAUCUGAUAACUUUUGUGUUUCUUAGAAAGGGCUUAUCUUGCAAAUAAACCUAUUGAAAUACACAAAAUUGUACAGUGGUGUUAUUUCCAUUGUAAGCAUAAUGUAAGCCUGUCCUGUAAAUGAAAUGUUUUGCACCAGAUAGCUACUACAGUAUCUAAAUAAAGUGAAUUUGGAGGAAUUUUUCUCCUGUUUUUAAUUCAGCUAUUAGUGUGUGCUUUGAUAAGAGAAACCCAUAAAAAUCUACAGUUUUGUCCUGCCAGCAAUCCACACAACAAAUGUAUGUUUUGAGUUCUCAUAGCCAGCAGUUAGUGUAAUAUUGGGAUAUGCUGGAUAUGAAAUUCAGAAUUACAUUCUGAGAUGUAAUAGUUUUUUUAAAAAUGUUUGAAAUAUCAGUGUAACAUUAUACAAUUUUAGUAACUUGUUAUAUUAAAUAUUUUUACUACUAGUAACAAAUUCUUACACGUUAGCUUAAAUGUAUUAGUCAACUAAUACUGAAGAGAACAUAAAAAGAAAGUAAGAAUGCUUCUGUAUCAGAUGUUCAGUAUUACUUUCUGCUAGUCUUGUUAGUUUUUCCAGAUCUAUCUUUUGGGGGAAGAGAAGUCCAUUCCUAUUUCAUACCUGUACCUCUUUAAUGUACAGUCUUUUCUGAACAGUAGAAAACUGAUUGGCAUUUGGGACUUUUUAAAGCCCUGGAUAUUGAAGCUGGCUGAAAUCAUUGCAAAGAUGUCUUCAGGGACAGGUCUUAGGCACUGCACUCCUGUGUAUAUGCUCUUGCUGAUGUACACUAAGCAUUUGGUACUGGCUCUGUAAAGAGCUUUUUUACCCAUAUACUUAACGGGAAAGUAUGUAACCAUAGCGAUUGCUUGCUGGAAAACAUGGCAAGCUAUUCCGGAAGAAGUAAAACCAGAUACUGAACAGCAGGUCAAAUGUGUGGGCCUUGAACAUCCAGUCAACCACCUUUGGCACUUCCUCCAGAAUAAGUGGCUUCUUCAGUGAAGAAGUGAAAGAUGGGCAAUAUACUCUCCUCUUUGCCCUGCAGAAAUAUUAAGAACCAGGAUUAAUCUUCCCUCGUGAUAGACUAGGCUUUAUGCACGCAGGUGGACUGGGUGGUUAUGGAUCAGGAGACAGUGACGAUGAGAGGAGCGACAGAGGCUCUGAGUCAUCCGAUACUGAUGACGAGGAACUGCGACACAGAAUCAGGCAAAAACAAGAAGCAUUUUGGAGAAAGGAGAGAGAACAGCAGCUAUUGCUAGAGAAACAGCUGGAAGGUAGGAUGUGUGUUUGGUUCAGAAUUGACGACAGCAGCAGUGGUUUCCAACCUCUCAGACUUAUGUGCCAGCUUGUACCCUAACUUGCAACCUGGGAGCCAAGCGCAGAAUAAUGCACCAUGUACACAAGCCUGAGCUAUAGAGUACAUUACAGGUAACUGAGGAAUUUGGGGUUUUCUCUGUGCUUUGAUACUGGUUCACAACUCCAAAUAGUUUUAUCUUUAGGUGACCUCACCUCUGUCAAUAACACAGAUAGUAAAAUUUCAUAAGCAGAGGCCUUGGCCAUUGUAAUUCCUAAGAUCUACCUGUUAAGAGUUGGAUACACAAGGACUGGCUCACAUCCAGAAUUUAACAAGUAAAGAAUCUGCUAGAAUCUUUGGAUAGAAUAGAGGCAGAAUUAGCUAUAGCAUGAAGAAAUCCUUGGGGAAAGGAACACACUUUCCAGAGUACAGAGAUUCCAGGAGCACACAUAUUACAAAGAUUCCUCUGAAUUCAAUGAGACUGCCAGUUUACAGUUGCCCAUGGCAACAGAGAUAUUUCAUAGAUAUUUAUUGUUAUUAUUGUUUAGGUUCCAUUUAUAUACUUGCUUCAAAACCAUAUUAAAAAGUGAAUUGUUGAUGAUUAACAGCCGAAUCUAAUUCAUAUUCACUUGUAAAUAAGCUCCAUUGACUUUCAAAUAGCUACAGAAAAGAAGUAAUAUAAAAGAAGUAAUGUUAUACCAAUCUGCCUUGUUGAUACACUGGCCAUUAGUGGACGAUAGGGAGAGAUUUCUUGUAUCUCUGCCAUCUAGCUUGGCAUGAUUUUUGUAUUUGUUUCUUUUAUCCACUUACUUUUGCAGAAGAAAAGCUCCAGAAUGAGAAAAUUGCUAAAGAGAUGAGUGAACUCACCAGUAAAGAGCAAAACAGCAGUUCACCACCAGAGGAUGCAAAAGAAGAGGUGGAGGCGGAUGUGUUCAGUGAAAAGAAAAAAUCUCCAAAGCAAAUGACACCAGAUGCUGAACCCAAAAAAGAGGUUAAAGAAAAAGAGAGAAUAGGGAGGAGUAGGUCAAAAAGUUCAAGCAGUGGUAGUUCGAGUGCCAACAGCAGAAGUAGCAGCAGCAGUAGCAGCAGCACAGCCUCUAGUUCAUCCUAUAGCAGUAGCUCUGGCAGCAGUCGCAGCUCUUCACAUUCUUCUUCCCCUAAAAGGAAAAAGAGGCGUAGCCACAGUAGAUCACCUUCACAUAAGGUUAGGCGCAGCAGAAGCAGGAGCUAUUCUCACAGAAACAGGAGAGAGAGGAGCAGGAGUAGGGGCAAGGUAAGAGAAAGGCGGAGAUCUAGUAGACAUAGGAGUGCAGACAGGGGGGAGAGGAGGCGAAAUCGUAGUCCUUCCCAUGACCGAAACUGGGAGAGGCGUAGAAGUGAUAGUCACUCCAGGGAUAGACUUGCUAGCCUUUCCACUCGUAGUGGGAGUCGAGAUAGGCGUAAAAGUGAGGACCAGCGUAGAAGUGAAAGUGGAAACAGGCACAAACACAGCCACGAUAGUAAAGUUCAGGAGAGGAAAAAGGAACGCAGCAGGAGCCUAGAAAAAGACAAGAAAAAGAACAGAGAGAGGGAGAGAGACCAGGAGAAGCGCAAAGAGAAACAGAGAAAAGAAGAAAAAGACAGUAAAGCUGGCAAUCAUGAUGAGAGAUUAAAGAGGAAAAGAGAUAGUGAAAGAACGGUCUCUCGUAGCGAUUCAGUUUCCUCAAAAACAUUAAGGCAUGAUUCUAGGCAGGAAAGCAAGAAAAGUUCUACCAAAGAGAGCAAAAAGCACUCAGGUUCGGAAUCUAGCACAAGGAGCAGUUCUGAGUCACCAGGCAGCAGCAAAGAAAAGAAGUCUAAGAAAGCAAAGCAUAGUCGGUCGCGGUCCGUGGAGAAAUCUCAAAGGUCUGGUAAGAAGGCAAGCCGCAAACACAAGUCUAAAUCACGAUCAAGGUAGUAUUCUUUUAAGUAUCUUGCUUGAUUUAUGCAUUUAUUUCUGUUUUUGUUCAUCAUCGUGCCUGCAACUAUAUAUUUUACAAGUUAAGCUAACUUCUUUAGAUUAUUCUCGGGGGGGUGGGGGUGGGGGCGGAUGGGAAUGACUUUGAUAGCAUUUAUUUCCAACUAAGAAAAUUUAAGUUUUUAAGCCUAACGUGUGUGUUUUUUGAUAGUUCUUUUCCCCUUUAAUUUCCCUCCCUUUCUCUUUAUUUUUCAGAUCAAUGACUCCUCCACGUCGUAAACGCUGAGGAAUGAUAUGGCACUAGUCAUACGAUUUAAAAAUUCCAUGAGUUUUUAAGGGCUUGUCUCAUUAUAGAGGCUCAUUAUAGAGGCUACAGUUGUGGCUGUGUAGGUGAAAGCUGAACCCUCCUUUUUAAAAAAAUAAUCUGUAAAUAGCUGUAUUUUUUGGGAAACGCUGCUCGGAGUUAAGUACUUGCUAGGAUUUCUUUGUAUUUACAUUUUUCCUUAGUAGUGCUUACUAAGACUAUGAAAUAUGCCAUUCUCUUUCAGCUGUAAUGUUCUUAAAAUUGCUAUUGAAUGUACUGUGAUGUCAAUAAAGUUCUUUAGUUCAUUUUUUGUUUAAA